AGUUCGCACCAACACCGCUGAGCGACGCGCCCUCAGACACAACCGCACUUGCAGCCGCGGCCCACAACUCGGCCAUGCAGCCCCCUCAUCCGCAGGAUGGAGCUCUGGGCCACACAGCUGGCGCAGCAGGCGCGGAAGAGCCCGCAGAAGGAGCAGGCGGGGGCGGGGAGGGCGGCAGCAGCGAGACGUUUAUUGUGCCCGAAGUUGCAGCGGUGCUGUCGCAAGCAAACGACUUCUGGGCGCAGAACCUGAUGCCACGCGCCAGGGCGAUUGAAAGCGAGGUGGUGGCGCUGACGUACGAGGCCAACGCGGUGACGGGGCGGGCGGAGGCCGAGAAGCAGGACCUGGUCAAGGAGCUGGGGCGGCUGUCGGAGCUGGUCCUGAGCUUCCAGAGCCGCAUACAGCAGUUCCUGCACUUCGGCUCUUAUGGCGGCCAGGCAUGAAGUCCUUCGAGUGCUGCAGAGUGCAGACGGAGUGGGCCUGUGCGGCGCGUGCUACGAAGGAAUGUACAACAAGCAUAGCACUGAUGAGCGUAUUGCGCUUGGCUAUCGUGCGCGCUGCGGCGUCUGCGUGAGGGGCAGGCGGAAGGCACGUGGCGCGUUGGACACGUUCGAAGCAAUGUAGGU